CCCAUGCGCGAAUGUCACGUGUCUCAAUGGCGGCACCUGCCUCGUAGACGACCGUAAAAGGAACUCACUGUCAGUGCCCGGAUGGUUAUCUUCCCCCUGACUGUCAUCCGGGGCCUUGCGUACCUUCCCCAUGUCUGCAUGGCACUUGCAUGGAUGAUGGUCAAGGCAGCUUUGUCUGCACAUGCAAUCCUGAGUAUACAGGGCUCUUGUGCUCUAUCCUGACAGAUGCUCCUCGCUGUAUGGCGGAAGUUGACGUCACGGUGGGCAGCGGUAUCCAGUGGUCGGACACGCUGGCAGGCCAGUACGACACGCAGCCAUGUCCCAGCAACACAGAAGGAAGUGCUACAAGAAAUUGUAUCGAGGACGACCUGUCUCCCACCAGAGGGCUCUGGCGACGACCAGAUUUAUCCCGCUGUGUGAGUCCAGCCCUCGUUACACUAUUGAGUAACGCGGGGAAUCGUGCCGGGAUCCAGGAGGACUUGCUGUACAACCUCACUCGCGACCUUGACCACGCUACCUCGGUGGUAAAGAACAAGAGUGGACCCUCCCUCUUUCCGGGCGACCUUCUGGCCGCCUCCGACCUGCUGAGGCAAAUCUCCGGAGGGGUCAUCAAGGCCAAGUCGAUAGAUCAUGACCCUGCAGGGAUGGUCAAGCACUUUCUGUCCACAGUUGACAACAUUCUCAACCCCGCAGCCUUGGACGUAUGGAAGAACGCCUUGGUGCACCUCGUGGAAGUCAAAGUGACGUCCAUAAUUGCGUCAUCACAACAGUUCACAGAGAACCUGAUCCUACGUCAUCCCAGCAUGUUAAACAUCAGUCAGCCGGGCGCUGGGACUGGCUCGCCGGAAGUUGCCUCUGCCGUCUUCUCUGCCAGCAGCGACAACGUAGACCUGCGAGUCAUGGAGUGGUGGGAUUUGACCAGUGACGUCAGUCUUAGCCUGGAGUUCGCCAGACACGCCGACCUGCAGGGGGCGCAACUGACCCUGCCGCCUGACGUCAUUACUAUAACGCAUGGCGACGGCUCAGAUCGUCCUUUGAGGUUGUAUUCAGCUAGAUUUACAUCCGUGGCUCCUUUGUUUUCUCUGAAAGAAAAUCGCUACAAGAAAGAAGACAGCACCAACAUUACCAAGAUCGUUACUUCUGACGUCAUAUCCGCGGAGGUGCUGGGUGUGCCAAAGAGUGCUUUCUCAAAAUUCACACGACCUGUGAAGAUCACCUUUCGUGUGACGAAUUCUUCAAAACUACCAGAUCUGAAGAAGUUUUGUGUCUUUAUGAACAUGACGGCAAGAUCCGCAGACGAGAGGUGGCUGGAUGAUGGAUGCAACGUAGAUGACGCAAACGAGACUCACGUGACCUGCUUCUGCUAUCACCUGACCAAUUUUGCAGUCCUUCUGGACGUCUACGACAAUGCGGACAAGCUGGAUGAAGGAAAUAGCGCGGCCUUGUCCUACAUUUCCUACAUCGGAGGGUCACUCUCCAUUCUGUCCUGCGUUGUCGUCAUUGCUGUUUUCGAGUACUUCCGGCUGCGUAGUGACAGAAUACGGAUCCACGAGCAACUGGCGGUCUCUAUUAUCGCCGUUCAGGUCUUCUUCCUCAUCGGUGUGGGGAGGACUGCAGCCGAUGACGACUCGGCAAUGUGGGCAUGCAAGACUGUGGCCAUCCUCCUGCAUUUCUCGCUGACCGCCCUGUUCUGCUGGAUGCUGGUGGAGGGCCUCCACCUCUACGUCCUGCUGGUCAAGGUCUUUAAGCGAGGCUCCCAUAUCAAGAAGUACUGCGCCAUAGGCUGGGGUGCGCCUACGCUGAUAGUGGCAGUAUCAGUCGGUGUCUUCUUUGACAAAUAUGGAGACGGAGAAAUAUGCUGGUUGAACCAUGAACCUCUGUUGGUGUGCUUUGUGCCCACAGUUUCUCUUGUCAUUACAAUUAACUCUGUAAUCCUGGUGCUGGUCUUGAGGGUAAUGUUCAAGUCGGUCAAUUCUGCGGCCAAGGCCAACACUGAACAACAGUCCAGCGUCAGGAUGAGCUUGAAAGCCUCUGCCGUCCUGUUGCCCCUGUUGGGUCUCACCUGGAUCCUGGGGUUUUUAGCUGUGGAUACAGGUCACUCUAAAGUCAUGAUGUACAUCUUUAAUUACCUUUUCACAAUCACCAAUAGUUUCCAGGGAGUGAUGUUCUUCGUUUUCCACUGUUUGCUGAAUGUCGAUGUGCACAACGCUUACGAGCGGCGAUACAGACAGAGGAAGAAAGCCGUGUCCUCUCUGGAAACAACAACAAGAAAGAACUCGGACGCCUCCACAUACCUCGCUGACACCUCGCCCUCGGCCAAGGCCUUGAGCAAAGCGAUAUUGUCAGACAUGUCAACGAUACACAGGAGACCGUCGACGGCCCACAACCGCUUCUUUCUGCUGAACCGUCCUCAGGCACAAGAUGACCUCACUCGCAUGACCUUUCAACCCGUGUUCGCGCUUGCAGCCAAGAGUGGCGAACUUGCAGCUUCCGAAGCAAAUUCGUCAAAUGACCAGCAGACGUUAGAGAAUGAUCGGGUCUGGGGUGGACAGAACGACGGACCGAGUGCGAGGAACGGCCAGCCCCUUGCAGUCUUGCCAGCUGCUACCAGCUUCAUUCGCUUCCCGCAUCAGCCGGAAGUGGUGAACCCGGGGAACGUGGUGCACGGCAUCCCUGAAAACAACAGCCGCGUACGCUUCAGCUAAAUGACCCCUCACCUCCGACCUCCCACGUUGAAGCCAGAGGCUUCUGCAGUGCUACUGAAGAAGACAAGCAGAGACAUCCGACGUCUUUGUGAACGUCUUGCAAGUGCUCUGACUGGAGAUUUUAUUCAGGAAAAGUUUCAAAUCAAUGACAUUUCAGACCAGUGUCAUAGAUUAGCAGCCAGCGCCAAAAAAGAGAAACAAAAUGAGGUGAAUCAGGCAUUUGUUCCCAGCAAAUGAACUGGCGGUCUUCUUCAAAAACAAGGAUUUGAAACUGUGAUGUACGUACGGCACUCACAACUACCAUGAAAGAGUAACGACUUAUGGAAAUAUCUUAUCAAAGGCUAAUAACUGCAUACGAUGCCCUGUUCUUGGAUAAAAUAAGAAACUGUCUUCAUAAAAAUGUAUAUAUUCAUCUCAAAUGAAUUCUGUUUCUCACAUUUUAGUUGUUGAUUCACCAAGCAACCGAGAACACAAAGAGAUAUUCUUCUGGUAAGAACCCAGUGAUUUAUAUACUUUUCCUUACGUCCCGAGGGACAGUAUAAAAGAUCACACAAAAGGAGUUUUGAGGACAGUAUAAGCGAACACACAUAAAGAGUUUAAAAGACCUAUAGUCAAUCCCUAAAGAAGUUUCUUAUAAGACAUGAAAGAGAAAACGAAUAUUUGUCCCACGAAGUAAAAUGACAACCAAUUCAAUAAAGAAAAAAAGAUUGAACUGCCUGCAGACUUUUCCACCUGUCCUCUGUUCCUUUUAUAUAAAUCCUAUGCAUAAUCAAUAUUUCUAAACUCUUGCAUAAUGCAAAUGUCAUGUUUUGUCGAUUUGUUUUUUUUUGUUUUUUUUUUUUUUUUGAAACGAACAUCUCAUUUUGUUCAAAUCCAUUUUGUGACAGUUCUUUUUCUGUUGAAAGAUUGUCUACCGCACAAUAGAACUCGGAAUGUAAGAGCGGCUUUGUUAUCAUUGUUGGAAUCUUCAUAGAAUCCGACAUAGUAUAUCAAACGUUUAUCAGUUAUAAAGCAGAAGAGUGCAGCCUGUCAAAUGCUCAUAUUUCAUUAUUCACUGACAGAUGCUCUUUUAAAACUUGUUGUCUAGUCAGGGAGAAGCUUCGAGUACGACAUACGAGGAGUCUAUGAGAGACAAAGUCAUCUUUGUAAACAAUUUGCACUUUAACAUCUCUUGCUCUUAACUCAUUUAGUCUGCAAUAAAAUGAGUGCAGCCAGCAAGA